AGAGGAGAGAGAGAGAGAGAGAGAGAGAGAGAGAGAGAGACAGAGGAGAAGAAGAGCAAGGAGAAAGAAGAGAGGAGAGAGGAGAGAGAGAGAGAGAGAGAGAGAGAGAGAGAGAGAGAGUCCCAACAAUUAAAACCCUCACGAUUCCCUGACCCCAGGAUCUCCUUUGACCAUGGCUCUGAACACUGGAACAACUACUCCCUCAUCAAUGCCUCCUAG